CCCUCCCUCCGCGGAUGUCGGUGCGCGGGCCCGGGACGCGCCGCCCCGCGGGCAGCACGGCGUGAGGAGCCGCCGCCGCGCCGCCGACCGCCGGCAUGGGGCCGCUGCUGGCCCUGGCCGGGUGCCUGCUGGCCCUGCUGGCCGCGCCCGCCGCCCGCGCCCUCGAGGCACCGAAGACAUGUAGCCCUAAACAGUUUGCAUGCAAAGAUCAGAUUACGUGCAUAUCUAAGGGCUGGCGCUGUGACGGGGAAAAGGAUUGUCCGGAUGGCUCGGAUGAAUCACCCGAUAUAUGUCCUCAGAGCAAGGUGUCUCGAUGCCAGCCCAACGAGCACAACUGCCUGGGCACGGAGCUGUGCAUUCACAUGAGCAAACUGUGCAACGGGCUCCACGACUGCUUCGACGGCUCCGAUGAGGGGCCGCACUGUCGGGAACAAAUAGCAAACUGCACGGCCCUGGCCUGCCAGCACCACUGCGUGCCGACGCUGAGCGGACCAGCCUGCUACUGCAACAACUCCUUCCAGCUGGCCCAGGACAGGAGGAGCUGCAAAGACUUUGAUGAAUGCACCAUCUACGGGACCUGCAGCCAGACGUGCACCAACACGGAGGGCUCCUACACGUGCAGCUGCGUAGAAGGAUACCUCCUGCAGCCUGAUAACAGAUCCUGCAAAGCCAAGAAUGAGCCUGUGGACCGCCCUCCCGUGCUGCUCAUCGCCAACUCCCAGAACAUCCUGGCCACCUACCUGAGCGGAGCCCCUGUGCCCAACAUCACCCCCACCAGUGCCAAGCAGACCACAGCCAUGGACUUCAACUACAUUGAAGACACGGUGUGCUGGGUUCACGUGGGCGACAGCCCCGCACAGACCAUCCUCAAGUGUGCCAAGAUUCCCAACCUGAAGGGCUUCGUGGAAGAGCGCUCCAUCAACAUCUCCCUUAGCCUACACCAUGUGGAGCAAAUGGCUAUUGACUGGCUCACGGGCAACUUCUACUUCGUGGAUGACAUCGAUGACAGGAUCUUUGUCUGCAAUAAGAAUGGAGUCACCUGUGUCACGCUGCUGGACCUGGAGCUGUACAACCCCAAGGGCAUAGCGCUGGACCCAGCCAUGGGCAAAGUGUUCUUCACCGACUACGGGCAGAUCCCCAAGGUGGAGCGCUGUGACAUGGAUGGGCAGAACCGCACCAAGCUGGUGGACAGCAAGAUCGUCUUCCCCCAUGGCAUCACCUUGGACUUGGUGAACCGGCUGGUGUACUGGGCUGAUGCCUACCUGGACUAUAUUGAGGUGGUGGACUACGAAGGCAAGAACAGACAUACCAUCAUCCAGGGCAUCCUGAUUGAACACCUCUACGGGCUAACCGUCUUCGAGAACUACCUCUAUGCCACCAACUCUGACAACGCCAACGCUCAGCAGAAAACCAGCGUCAUCCGGGUCAACCGCUUCAACAGCACCGAGUACCAGGUGGUGACGCGGGUGGACAAGGGAGGAGCGCUGCACAUCUACCACCAACGGCGCCAGCCCACAGUGAGGAGCCAUGCCUGCGAGUCCGACCAGUUCGGCAAGCCGGGAGGCUGCUCGGAUAUCUGCCUCCUCGGGAACAGCCACAAGACCCGAACCUGCCGGUGCCGCUCCGGGUUCAGCCUGGGCAGCGAUGGGAAGUCCUGCAAAAAGCCCGAGCACGAGCUGUUCCUGGUGUACGGGAAGGGGCGUCCGGGCAUCAUCCGCGGCAUGGACAUGGGGGCCAAGGUGCCAGAUGAGCACAUGAUCCCCAUCGAGAACCUCAUGAACCCCCGAGCACUGGACUUCCACGCUGAGACUGGCUUCAUCUACUUUGCUGACACCACCAGCUACCUCAUCGGGCGCCAGAAGAUCGAUGGCACGGAGCGAGAGACCAUCCUGAAGGACGGCAUCCACAACGUGGAAGGGAUCGCUGUGGACUGGAUGGGGAACAACCUAUACUGGACAGAUGACGGCCCCAAAAAGACCAUCAGCGUGGCUCGGCUGGAGAAGGCCGCCCAGACGCGAAAGACGCUGAUCGAGGGGAAGAUGACCCACCCGCGUGCGAUCGUGGUGGACCCCCUGAACGGGUGGAUGUACUGGACGGACUGGGAGGAGGAUCCCAAGGACAGCAAGAGGGGCAAGAUCGAGAGAGCCUGGAUGGACGGUUCCAACCGCAAUGUCUUCAUCACCUCCAAGACUGUCCUGUGGCCCAACGGGUUGAGCCUGGACAUCCCGGCCAAGAUCCUUUACUGGGUGGAUGCUUUCUAUGACCGCAUUGAGAUGGUCUAUCUCAACGGCACCGAGCGGAAGAUCGUGUACGAGGGGCCUGAGCUGAAUCACGCCUUCGGGCUGUGCCACUACAGCAACUUUCUCUUCUGGACCGAGUACCGCAGCGGCAGCAUCUACCGCCUGGACCAGGCCUCCAAGGUGGUGAGCCUGCUGCGGAACGAGCGCCCGCCCAUCUUCGAGAUCCGGAUGUACGACGCGCAGCAGCAGCAAGUGGGCUCCAACAAGUGCCGUGUAAACAACGGCGGCUGCAGCAGCUUGUGCCUGGCCACCCCCCGGGGCCGUCAGUGCGCCUGUGCCGAGGACCAGAUCCUGGGAACGGACUCCGUCACCUGCCAGGCCAACCCGUCCUACAUCCCCCCUCCGCAGUGCCAGCCCGGGGAGUUCGCCUGCAAGAACAACCGCUGCAUCCAGGAGCGCUGGAAAUGCGACGGGGACAACGACUGCCUGGACAACAGUGACGAAGCCCCUGAGCUCUGCCACCAGCACACCUGCCCCUCAGACCGUUUCAAGUGCAAGAACAACCGCUGCAUCCCCAACCGCUGGCUCUGCGAUGGGGACAACGACUGCGGGAACAAUGAGGACGAGUCCAACUCCACCUGCUCGGCUCGGACCUGCUCCCCCAACCAGUUCUCCUGUGCCAGUGGGCGCUGCAUCCCCAUCUCCUGGACGUGUGACCUGGACGAUGACUGCGGGGACCGCUCCGACGAGUCUGCCUCGUGCGCCUACCCAACCUGCUUCCCCUUGACGCAGUUCACCUGCAACAACGGGCGCUGCAUCAACAUCAACUGGCGGUGUGACAACGAAAAAGAUUGUGGGGAUGGCUCUGACGAAAAGAACUGUCCAAAGCCUACCGACAACGACUGUGGGGACAACAGUGACGAGGCGGGCUGCAGCCACUCCUGCUCCAGCAACCAGUUCAAGUGCAACAGCGGGCGCUGCAUCCCUGUGCACUGGACAUGCGACGGGGACAAUGACUGCGGGGACUACAGCGACGAGACUCACGCCAACUGCACCAACCAGGCCACGCGCCCACCCGGGGGCUGCCACACGGAUGAGUUCCAGUGCCGGCUGGAUGGACUCUGCAUCCCCAUGCGCUGGCGCUGCGACGGCGACACGGACUGCAUGGACUCCAGUGACGAGAAGAACUGCGAGGGCGUCACCCAUGUCUGCGACCCCAACGUCAAGUUUGGCUGCAAGGACUCAGCCCGCUGCAUCAGCAAGGCCUGGGUCUGCGACGGCGACAGUGACUGCGAGGACAACUCGGAUGAGGAGAACUGCGAGUCCCUGGUGUGCAAACCUCCCUCCCACACCUGCGCCAACAACACCUCCAUCUGCCUCCCCCCCGAGAAGCUCUGUGACGGCUCUGAUGACUGUGGGGACGGCUCUGAUGAGGGCGAGCUCUGCGACCAGUGCUCCCUGAACAACGGCGGCUGCAGCCAUAACUGCACCGUGGCCCCUGGCGAGGGCAUUAUCUGCUCCUGUCCCCUGGGGAUGGAGCUGGGCUCCGACAACAAGACGUGCCAGAUCCAAAGCUACUGUGCCAAGCACCUCAAGUGCAGCCAGAAGUGUGAGCAGGACAAGUACAAUGUCAAGUGCUCCUGCUACGAGGGCUGGAUGCUGGAGCCCGACGGCGAGAGCUGCCGCAGCCUGGACCCCUUCAAGCCAUUCAUCAUAUUCUCCAACCGCCACGAGAUCCGCCGCAUUGACCUGCACCGGGGUGACUACAGCGUCCUGGUCCCCGGGCUGCGCAACACCAUCGCCUUGGACUUCCACCUCAACCAGAGCUCACUGUACUGGACCGAUGUGGUGGAGGACAAAAUCUACAGGGGAAAGCUGCUUGAGAAUGGGGCUCUGACCAGUUUCGAGGUGGUGAUACAGUACGGGCUGGCCACCCCCGAGGGGCUGGCCGUGGACUGGAUCGCUGGCAACAUCUACUGGGUGGAGAGCAACCUGGACCAGAUCGAGGUGGCCAAGCUGGACGGCACCAUGCGAACCACGCUGCUGGCUGGGGACAUCGAGCAUCCCCGUGCCAUUGCCCUGGACCCCCGCUAUGGGAUCCUCUUCUGGACGGACUGGGAUGCCAGCCUGCCCCGCAUCGAGGCCGCCUCCAUGAGCGGCGCAGGCCGGCGCACCAUCCACAAAGAGACGGGCUCGGGGGGCUGGCCCAACGGGCUCACCGUCGACUACCUGGAGAAGCGCAUCCUCUGGAUUGAUGCCAGGUCGGACGCCAUCUACUCAGCCCUGUAUGAUGGGACGGGACACAUCGAGGUGCUGCGGGGACACGAGUACCUGUCACAUCCCUUCGCUGUCACCCUGUAUGGGGGCGAGGUCUACUGGACCGACUGGCGCACCAACACGCUGGCCAAGGCCAACAAGUGGACAGGGCACAAUGUGACAGUGGUGCAGAGGACCAACACGCAGCCGUUCGACCUGCAGGUGUAUCACCCGUCCCGGCAGCCCCUGGCUCCUAAUCCCUGUGAAGCCAAUGGGGGCAAAGGGCCAUGUUCCCACCUCUGCCUCAUCAACUACAACCGCACGUUGUCCUGUGCCUGCCCCCACCUCAUGAAGCUGGACAAGGACAACACGACCUGCUAUGAAUUUAAGAAGUUCCUGCUGUACGCGCGGCAGAUGGAGAUCCGGGGCGUGGACAUUGACAACCCCUACUACAACUACAUCAUCUCCUUCACGGUGCCCGACAUUGACAAUGUCACGGUGGUGGACUAUGACGCCCUGGAGCAGCGCAUUUACUGGUCUGAUGUCCGCACCCAGACCAUCAAGAGAGCCUUCAUCAAUGGCACUGGUGUGGAGACCGUCGUCUCUGCAGACCUGCCCAACGCUCACGGCCUCUCUGUGGAUUGGGUUUCCAGAAACCUCUUCUGGACCAGCUACGACGCCAACAAGAAGCAGAUCAACGUGGCGCGGCUGGACGGCUCCUUCAAGAACGCCGUGAUCCAAGGGCUGGACAAGCCUCACUGCCUGGUGGUUCACCCCCUCCACGGGAAGCUGUACUGGACAGAUGGGGACAACAUCAGUGUGGCCAACAUGGACGGCAGCAACCGCACUCUCCUCUUCACCGGCCAGAAAGGGCCUGUUGGCUUGGCCAUCGACUACCCAGAGAGCAAGCUGUACUGGAUCAGCUCCGGCAACGGCACCAUCAACAGAUGCAACCUGGACGGCAGCAACCUGGAGGUGAUCGAGUCCGUGAAGAGUCAGCUGAGCAAGGCGACCGCCCUGGCCAUCAUGGGCAACAAGCUGUGGUGGGCUGACCAGGCCUCCGAGAGGAUGGGCACCUGCAACAAGAAGGACGGGUCGGAGGUGACAGUGCUACGCAACAGCACCACGCUGGUGAUGCACAUGAAGGUGUACGAUGAGAGCAUCCAGCAAGCAACCGGGACCAACCCCUGCAGCCUGAACAACGGCGACUGCUCACAGCUCUGUCUCCCCACCUCUGAGACCUCCCGGUCCUGCAUGUGCACCGCGGGCUACAGCCUGAAGAGCGGGCAGCAGUCCUGCGAAGGUGUCGGCUCCUUCCUCCUGUAUUCGGUCCAUGAGGGGAUCCGUGGCAUUCCCCUGGACCCCAACGACAAGUCAGAUGCUCUCGUGCCCGUAUCGGGGACCUCCCUGGCCGUGGGGAUCGACUUCCAUGCAGAGAACGACACGAUUUACUGGGUGGACAUGGGUCUGAGCACCAUUAGCCGAGCCAAGCGGGACCAGACGUGGCGGGAGGAUGUCGUCACCAAUGGCAUUGGCCGCGUGGAGGGCAUCGCCGUGGACUGGAUUGCUGGAAACAUCUACUGGACGGACCAAGGUUUUGACGUCAUCGAGGUGGCCAGGCUGAACGGGUCCUUCCGCUAUGUGGUCAUCUCGCAGGGGCUGGACAAGCCACGGGCCAUCACGGUCCAUCCGGAGAAGGGGUACCUGUUCUGGACGGAGUGGGGGCAGUACCCCCGCAUCGAACGGUCGCGCCUGGACGGGACCGAGCGGAUGGUGCUGGUGAACGUCAGCAUCAGUUGGCCCAAUGGGAUCUCCGUCGACUACGAGGAUGGGAAGCUUUACUGGUGCGAUGCCCGGACAGACAAGAUUGAACGGAUCGACCUGGAGACGGGUGAAAACCGAGAGGUUGUCCUGUCCAGCAACAACAUGGACAUGUUCUCAGUGUCAGUCUUCGAGGAGUACAUUUACUGGAGUGAUAGGACUCACGCGAAUGGCUCCAUCAAAAGAGGCAACAAGGACAACGCCACAGAGUCGGUGUCCCUGCGGACGGGGAUCGGCGUGCAGCUCAAGGACAUCAAAGUCUUCAACCGGGCCAGGCAGAAGGGCACCAACAUCUGCGCCCAGAGCAACGGGGGCUGCCAGCAGCUCUGCCUGUUCCGGGGCAACGGGCAGAGGACGUGCGCCUGCGCCCACGGCAUGCUGUCUGAGGACGGGGUGAGCUGCCGGGACUACGAUGGCUACCUGCUGUAUUCAGAGCGCACCAUCCUCAAGAGCAUCCACCUGUCCGACGAGAACAACCUCAAUGCACCCAUCAAGCCCUUCGAGGAUGCGGAGCACAUGAAGAAUGUCAUUGCCCUGGCCUUUGACUACCGCUACGGCUCCAAGGGCAGCAACCGCAUAUUCUACAGCGACAUCCACUUUGGCAACAUCCAGCAGAUCAAUGACGACGGCACGGGGCGCAAGACCAUUGUGGAGAACGUGGGCUCGGUGGAGGGGCUGGCGUACCACCGCGGCUGGGACACGCUGUACUGGACAAGCUACACCACCUCCACCAUCACCCGCCACACCGUGGACCAGAGCCGCCUGGGGGCUUUCGAGAGGGAGACCGUGAUCACCAUGUCGGGGGAUGAUCACCCCCGGGCCUUCGUGCUGGACGAGUGCCAGAACCUGAUGUUCUGGACCAACUGGAAUGAGCAGCACCCCAGCAUCAUGCGUGCCACCCUCUCUGGUGCCAAUGUCCUCAUCAUCAUUGACCAGGACAUACGGACACCCAAUGGGCUGGCCAUUGACCACAAGGCUGAGAAGAUCUACUUCUCUGAUGCCACGCUGGACAAAAUCGAACGCUGUGAAUACGAUGGCUCCCACCGCCACGUGAUCCUGAAAUCGGAGCCCGUGCACCCCUUUGGCCUGGCUGUCUACGGUGAUUACAUCUUCUGGACGGACUGGGUACGCAGGGCUGUGCAACGAGCCAACAAGUACGUGGGCACCGACAUGAAGCUGCUGCGUGUUGACAUCCCCCAGCAGCCCAUGGGCAUCAUUGCCGUGGCCAACGACACCGACAGCUGCGAGCUGUCCCCGUGCAGGGUGAACAACGGCGGCUGUCAGGAUCUCUGCCUGCUCACGCCCAAAGGACACGUCAACUGCUCCUGCCGUGGCGAGCGCGUCUUGCAGGAGGAUUUCACCUGCAAAGCCCUGAAUUCCACCUGCAACGUGCAUGACGAGUUUGAGUGUGGGAAUGGCGACUGCAUUGACUUCAGCCGGACCUGCGAUGGCGUGGUCCACUGCAAGGACAAGUCGGAUGAGAAGCAGUCCUACUGCAGCAGCCGCAAGUGCAAGAAGGGUUACCUGCACUGCAUGAACGGGCGCUGCAUCGCCAGCCGCUACUGGUGCAAUGGCGUGGAUGACUGCGGGGACAAUUCGGACGAAGUGCCGUGUAACAAAACCAGCUGCGCUGCUACUGAGUUUCGCUGCCGAGAUGGGAGCUGCAUUGGGAAUUCGAGCCGCUGUAACCAGUUCAUCGAUUGCGAGGAUGCUUCAGAUGAAAUGAACUGCACCGCCACGGACUGCAGCAGCUAUUUCAAGCUGGGGGUGAAGGGCACCACGUUCCAGAAGUGCGAACACACCUCGCUGUGCUACGCUCCGAGCUGGGUGUGUGAUGGAGCAAACGACUGUGGAGACUACUCAGAUGAGCGCAACUGCCCGGGCGGGAGGAAACCCAAGUGUCCGGCCAAUUACUUUGCCUGCCCGAGCGGGAGGUGCAUCCCCAUGACUUGGACCUGCGACAAGGAGGACGACUGCGAGAAUGGAGAAGACGAGACUCACUGCAGUGAGCGGCAGGACAAGUUCUGCUACCCCGUGCAGUUUGAGUGCAACAACCACCGCUGCAUCUCCAAGCUGUGGGUGUGUGAUGGGGCAGACGACUGCGGGGAUGGCUCUGAUGAGGACAGCCGCUGCCGGCUGACCACCUGCAGCACGGGAUCCUUCCAGUGCCCAGGCACCUACGUGUGCGUGCCGGAGCGCUGGCUCUGUGAUGGAGACAAGGACUGUGCGGACGGAGCUGAUGAGACCCUCGCUGCUGGCUGCUUGUACAACAACACGUGCGACGAGCGGGAGUUCAUGUGCAGAAACCGCCAGUGCAUUCCCAAGCACUUUGUCUGUGACCACGAUGAUGACUGCGGCGACGGCUCAGAUGAGUCCCCGGAGUGUGAGUACCCCACCUGUGGCCCCCACGAGUUCCGCUGCGCCAACGGCCGCUGCCUCAGCAACAGGCAGUGGGAGUGCGACGGCGAGUUUGACUGCCAUGACCACUCGGAUGAGGCACCCAAGAACCCACGCUGCACCAGCCCAGAGAACAAGUGCAACGACUCCUUCUUCCUCUGCAAGAAUGGGAAGUGCAUCCCGGAGGCACUGCUUUGCGACAACAACAACGACUGCGCCGACGGCUCGGAUGAACUCAACUGCUUCAUCAACGAGUGUCUCAACAAGAAGCUGAGCGGCUGUUCCCAGGAGUGUGAAGACCUCAAGAUUGGAUACAAGUGUAGAUGCCAUCCCGGGUUCCGGCUGAAGGACGACGGGAAGACGUGCAUUGACAUCGACGAGUGCUCCACCACCUACCCCUGCAGCCAGAAGUGCAUCAACACUCUGGGGAGCUACAAGUGCCUGUGCAUAGACGGCUACAAGCUCAAACCUGACAACCCCACCAGCUGUAAAGCUGUCACAGAUGAAGAGCCCUUCCUCAUCUUUGCCAACCGGUACUACCUGAGGAAGCUCAACCUGGAUGGCUCCAACUACAUGCUGCUCAAGCAGGGGCUGAACAAUGCCGUGGCUCUGGAUUUCGACUAUCGGGAGCAGAUGAUCUACUGGACAGAUGUCACCACACAGGGCAGCAUGAUCCGCCGCAUGCACAUCAACGGGAGCAACGUUCAGGUUCUCCACCGCACUGGCCUCAGCAACCCCGAUGGGCUGGCUGUGGACUGGGUGGGAGGCAACCUCUACUGGUGCGACAAAGGUCGGGACACCAUCGAGGUGUCAAAGCUCAACGGCGCCUACCGCACCGUGCUGGUGAACUCGGGCUUGCGUGAGCCCCGGGCGCUGGUGGUGGAUGUGCAGAAUGGUUACCUAUACUGGACAGACUGGGGGGACCACUCCCUCAUCGGGAAGAUUGGCAUGGAUGGUACCAACCGCAGUGUCAUCGUCGACACCAAGAUAACUUGGCCCAACGGCCUCACCCUCGACUACAUCAACAGCCGGAUCUAUUGGGCUGAUGCGCGGGAGGACUACAUCGAGUUUGCCAGCCUGGAUGGCUCCAACCGGCACACGGUACUGAGCCAGGACAUCCCGCACAUCUUUGCGCUCACCCUCUUUGAGGAUUUCAUUUACUGGACUGACUGGGAGACCAAGUCCAUCAACCGGGCCCACAAGACUACGGGAGCCAACAAGACCCUGCUGAUCAGCACGCUGCACCGCCCCAUGGACAUCCACAUCUACCACCCCUACCGCCAGCCCGAUGUUCCCAACCAUCCCUGUAAGACCAACAACGCCGGCUGCAGCAACCUCUGCCUCCUCUCGCCAGGCGGGGGGCACAAGUGUGCUUGUCCCACCAACUUCUACUUGGGCAGCGAUGGCAAAACCUGCGUCUCCAACUGCACGGCCAGCCAGUUUGUCUGCAAGAACGACAAGUGCAUCCCUUUCUGGUGGAAAUGCGACACCGAGGACGACUGCGGGGACCGUUCAGAUGAGCCGGAGGACUGCCCUGAGUUCAAAUGCAGGCCAGGGCAGUUCCAGUGCUCCACUGGGAUCUGCACCAACCCAGCCUUCAUCUGUGAUGGUGACAACGACUGCCAGGACAACUCAGAUGAAGCCAACUGUGAUAUCCACGUCUGUCUGCCCAGCCAGUUCAAAUGCACCAACACCAACCGCUGCAUCCCCGGCAUUUUCCGCUGCAAUGGUCAGGACAACUGCGGUGACGGCGAGGAUGAGAAGGACUGCCCGGAGGUGACUUGUGCCCCCAACCAGUUCCAGUGCGCGAUCACCAAGCGCUGCAUCCCCCGCGUCUGGGUGUGCGACCGGGACAACGACUGUGUGGAUGGCUCAGAUGAACCUGCCAACUGCACACAAAUGACGUGUGGUGUGGACGAGUUCCGGUGCAAGGACUCGGGCCGGUGCAUCCCAGCACGCUGGAAGUGUGACGGGGAGGACGACUGCGGGGACGGGUCUGAUGAGCCCAAGGAGGAAUGCGACGAACGCACCUGUGAGCCCUACCAGUUCCGCUGCAAGAACAACCGCUGCGUGCCAGGUCGCUGGCAGUGCGACUAUGACAAUGACUGCGGGGACAACUCGGAUGAGGAGAGCUGCACACCCCGGCCCUGCUCAGAGAGCGAGUUCUCCUGCGCCAACGGCCGCUGCAUUGCCGGCAGGUGGAAGUGCGAUGGGGACCAUGACUGUGCGGAUGGCUCUGAUGAGAAAGACUGCACGCCACGCUGCGAGUUCGACCAGUUCCAGUGCAAGAACGGGCACUGCAUCCCCAUGCGCUGGCGCUGCGACGCUGAUGCAGACUGCAUGGACGGCACUGACGAGGAGAGCUGUGGCACUGGGGUUCGCACAUGCCCCUUGGAUGAGUUCCAGUGCAACAACACACUGUGCAAGCCCCUGGCCUGGAAGUGCGAUGGGGAGGACGACUGUGGGGAUAACUCGGAUGAAAACCCCGAGGAGUGCUUGAAAUUCCAGUGUCCCCCCAACAGACCGUUCCGCUGCAAGAACGACCGGGUAUGUCUGUGGAUCGGUCGACAGUGUGACGGCAUUGACAACUGUGGAGACAACACAGAUGAGAAGGACUGCGAGUCACCCACAGCCAAGCCCAAGAGCUGCAGCCAGGACAAGAAUGAGUUCCUGUGUGAAAACAAGAAGUGCAUCAGUGCCAACCUCCGCUGCAACUUCUUCGAUGACUGUGGAGAUGGCUCCGAUGAGGAAUCCUGCUCCCAUGAUCACAAGUCAUACGACUGCAUGACCAACACCACCAUGUGUGGGGACGAGGCCCAGUGCAUUCAGUCACAGUCCACCUCGUACUGUACUUGCCGCAGAGGCUUCCAGAAGGUGCCAGACAAGAAUUCCUGCCAAGAUGUCAACGAGUGCCUGCGCUUUGGGACAUGCUCCCAGCUCUGCAACAACACCAAGGGCUCCCAUGUCUGCAGCUGUGCCAAGAACUUCAUGAAGACGGACAACAUGUGCAAGGCAGAAGGCUCCGAGCACCAGAUCCUCUACAUCGCAGACGACAACAAGAUCCGGAGCAUGUACCCCUUCAACCCCAACUCGGCCUACGAACCAGCCUUCCAGGGCGACGAGAACGUGCGCAUCGAUGCCAUGGACAUCUACGUCAAGGGCAACAAGAUCUACUGGACCAACUGGCACACGGGCAGGAUCUCAUACCGGGAGCUGCCUGCCUCUUCCACUGCCUCCACCGCCUCCAACCGCAACCGGCGCCAGAUUGACGGCGGCGUUACCCACCUGAAUAUCUCGGGGCUGAAGAUGCCGCGGGGAAUUGCCAUCGACUGGGUAGCUGGGAACAUCUACUGGACAGACUCGGGGCGGGAUGUCAUUGAGGUGGCGCAGAUGAAAGGCGAGAAUCGCAAGACGCUGAUCUCGGGCAUGAUCGAUGAGCCCCACGCCAUCGUAGUCGACCCACUUAGGGGGACAAUGUACUGGUCAGACUGGGGCAACCACCCCAAGAUCGAGACGGCCGCUAUGGACGGGACACUGCGGGAGACCCUGGUGCAGGACAACAUCCAGUGGCCAACAGGCCUGGCUGUGGACUACCACAAUGAGCGGCUGUACUGGGCUGACGCCAAGCUCUCCGUCAUCGGCAGCAUCCGGCUCAACGGUACUGACCCUGUCGUGGCCAUCGACAACAAGAAGGGGCUGAGCCAUCCUUUCAGCAUUGACAUCUUUGAGGAUUACAUCUACGGUGUCACCUACAUCAACAACCGCAUCUUCAAGAUCCACAAGUUUGGGCACAAAGCUGUCACCAACCUGACGUCUGGCCUCAACCAUGCCACCGACGUGGUGCUCUACCACCAGUACAAGCAACCGGAGGUGACCAACCCUUGUGACCGCAAGAAGUGCGAGUGGCUCUGCCUGCUCAGCCCCAGUGGCCCCGUCUGCACCUGCCCCAAUGGCAAGCGCCUGGACAACGGCACCUGCGUGGUCAUUCCCUCACCCACCGUCUCCCCUGUCGUGCCCACCACCGACACCUGCGACCUGGUCUGCCUGAACGGUGGCAGCUGCUUCCUCAACGCCCGCAAGCAGGCCAAGUGCCGCUGCCAGCCGCGCUACAACGGGGAGAAGUGCCAGAUCGACCAGUGCUGGGACUACUGCCAGAACGGGGGCACCUGCGCCGCCUCCCCAUCGGGCAUGCCAACCUGCCGCUGCCCCACCGGCUUCACGGGGCCCCGGUGCAAUCAGCAAGUGUGCACUGACUACUGCCUGAACAACGGCAGCUGCACCGUCAACCAGGGCAACCAGCCCAACUGCCGCUGCCUGCCCACCUUCAUCGGGGACCGCUGCCAGUACCGGCAGUGCUUCGACUACUGUGAGAACGAGGGCAUCUGCCAGAUGACGGCCAGCGGCGCUAAGCAGUGCCGCUGCCCGCCACAGUUUGAGGGCACCCAGUGCCAGGACAACAAAUGCUCCCGGUGCCAGGAGGGCAAGUGCAGCAUCAACAAGCAGAGCGGAGAAGUCUCCUGCAUCUGUCCAGACGGCAAGAUAGCGCCCAGCUGCCUGACCUGCGACAAUUACUGCCUGCAUGGCGGUACCUGCUCCAUCAGCGACAAGACGCAGCUGCCCGAGUGCCUGUGCCCAGCCGGGAUGACAGGGAUGCGCUGCGAGGACUUCAUCGUCAGCCAGCAGCAGAGCAACCGAACAGCCUCCAUUGUCAUCCCCAUCCUGCUGCUGCUCAUCCUCCUCACCGUGGUGGCUUUUGUCUGGUACAAGUGGAGGAUUAAAGGUGCCAAGGGCUUCCAGCACCAGCGGAUGACAAAUGGUGCCAUGAAUGUGGAGAUCGGGAACCCCACCUACAAAAUGUACGAGGGGGAGCCCGACGACGACGUGGGAGAGCUGCUGGACGCAGACUUCGCCCUGGACCCCGACAAGCCCACCAACUUCACCAACCCCGUCUAUGCCACGCUGUACAUGGGCGCCCACAACAGCCGCAACUCGCUGGCUAGCACGGACGAGAAGCGGGAGCUGCUGUCGCGGGGGGCGGACGACGACCUGGCGGACCCCCUGGCAUAGGGGCAGGACAGGGGCGAAGGGCCACCGGGCCGCGGUGCCCGAGCCUGGCACAGACACCCAUGGCAGGAGGCGGGCGGGGCCGGGGGAGCCAAGAGCCACUGUAUAAAUGUACAAAUGAAGGAUUAUUACUUUUCUAUGUGAGCAGUAUUAUUACCUGUAUAUUCCCCGGUACCAGGCCUCGGCGCCUCUCAUUGCCAGAUCCGGCUUUGGUUUAUUUUAAAUCUCUUUACAUCGGGGCACCCCCCCCUCCCUCCCCUCCCACCCGCCAGACAAGCCAGCGUUUCGGAGCAGGGACGGCGCCGCGGUCGCUGUGCCGGGAUGGACUCGCUGGGGCUGCUGCAGCUGGGGCUGACGGGAGACACGGGGUCACCGCAAUGCGGGGCGCAGGCAGCAGCGGCACCGGCUGGAGGGUGGCAGAGCGGGGGGCUCGUGCUCCCCAGAUCUUGGCUCUGUCCCCUCCGCCCCUGCAGCUCCCCUCGCCGGGGGACCUGUUUCCUACACACACACCCCAAGUCUGCUGCUCCCCAGGUCCCCCUGUUCUGCAGCUUGGCCUCUGCAAGCCUCCUUGGCCCCCUCCCCCCUUUUCCAUCCCUCCCUCCUCACCUUUUCCUCCACCGCUCCCUCCCUGCCAUUCUCGGCUCUGCCCAACUGUUAGACGGGACUGGGACGGUGCCCCCACCGCUGCCCCCAGCCCCAUUGCAGUACGGAUGGGGCCUGGCCCCACGGCCCCUCGCUCCAGCUUGUCACCUGCACCUCGCCCGCUCUCCAACAUGCACAUUUUUUAACAGGAAAAAAAAAAACCCAAAAAAACAACAAAAACAUGGAAAUGACCUAGCUUUUAUAGUAGAAAUAAAUAAACGCAUGUGGGGGGAGGGCGGGGGGGCGACCCCAUCCUUUUAUUGGGGGGAAAUGUUUUAAUAAUUUUUGCUGGAUUACUUUACAACUAAACAAAACAGAUAUUGUUAUAAAUAAAAUUUUUAAAAACUGAA